UCGCCAAAGAUUCAGAGAGCGAUGGAUGAGAAAUAGGUAGACGGUUGCGAGAACAUUUACAGUUGCCUUGGCAGCACCGACGCAAACGUUACAAAUAGUGAAAUUCGGCCGCAGGUGUAGAAUGUCAACUGACUAAAGAUGGACCUGGCCGUCAUCAUCUGUCCACUGGUGGCUUUCCUGCUCUACUACGACACGCUACAGGCCGGAUUUGUAUACGACGACAAACGAGCCAUUUUAGAAAACGCGGAUGUUACCGUUGCUUCCGAGUCGUCCACCAUGAGCGCUCUGAUGGUGCAUGACUUUUGGGGCACUCCGCUCAACGCUUCCGAAUCGCACGGAUCGUACCGCCCUUUGGUAACGCUAUCAUUUCGCUGGACCGCACAUCUGGUCGGAGUAAAUCAUGCCUAUUGGUACCAUUGGACAAACGUCCUGCUUCACUGUGUGAUUACUGCUGCGGUGACCAUGAUAGCCGGAGGAGCAUCAACAUUAUUCCUACAAGAAAACAAAAACAAAAAUGAAUUGCGACAUGGCAACUACGUCACUGGUUUGUUGUUUGCAGCUCACCCGAUCCAUUGCGAAGCUGUGGCUGGAUUGGUCGGACGGGCAGAUUUGCUAUGCACUUUCUUCGUCCUAGCCGGCCUUGUCAACUACGGUAGACGGGCUAGUUUAACGAUGACGUUGGUUUUGACUUGUGCCGCUUUCUUCAGCAAAGAGUACGGCAUCAUGUUGACGCCCAUCUGUCUCCUUUACGACGUCGUCCUCGUCAUUCACGGCCAUCCUCGACAAUCUAAAAGAAACAAUCGAAUGUUGUUCAAACGGGCUAUUCUUGUCCUGUGGUCUGUUGCCUUGGUCGCCUACCGCUUUUGGAUAUCCGGCUUCCAGAGACCGCAAUUUGCUAAGGCGGACAAUCCAACAGCUGCAUCGUCGUCAUGGACAACUCGUACCCUCACAUUUCUCUAUUUACCAGUAUUUCAUUUUGGUCUGUUGCUGUAUCCGCGAUGGCUCAGUUUCGAUUGGUCCAUGGACGCCAUCCAGCCCGUCACUUGCAUUAAUGACAUCCGCAAUAUGGCUACGCUAAUUUUCUACGCAAUUCUCGUCACGGUCGUCCGUAAGACUGUCGAACAACAAAGCCAAAACAAAACACAGAAGAUCUUAGUAGCGUUGGCAAUCCUCAUUACGACAAUUCCAUUCCUUCCGGCUACCAACGUAUUUGCAUACGUCGGAUUUGUUGCGGCCGAACGGAUUCUCUAUUUACCUUCGGUCGGUUUCUGUCUCCUCGUCGGAAUCGGGGUGCAAAAAUUACUUGUCCAGCAGUCGAAUCGAACAAUCAUCUGCUUUGCGUUGCUGAUUGUUUUAUUGGCUUCGGGACGGCGAACGAUCCAAAGGAACAACGACUGGAUCGACGAGGAACACCUGUACCGAUCCGGCAUAGAAAUCAAUCCGCCUAAAGCGUAUGGUAAUUUGGGCGUCGUUUUACAAGAAUCUGGUCGAUUGACUGAAGCCGAAUGGAAUUUCAAAAAAGCUUUAUCCUAUCGGCCCAACAUGGCAGACGUACACCACAAUCUUGGGAAUCUGUUCCAGCAACAAGGUAGGUACGAAGAAUCUCUACAAGCGUAUAAUCUGGCCAUUCUUCAUCGACCGCAAUUGGCUGCGGCUUAUUCCCAAAAAGCCAAAGUGCUCUACAAGUUAAAACGCUGGGCAGAAGCGGAAAGGACUUUAUUGGCCUGCACCCAAUUAACUGGACAUUUGCAAAAAGACCCUAACGCUCACCAAUCAGCCAAAGUAUCUGCCACCAUUUUGAUGGCAGAUCUUUUAUCGCAAAACGUAAGGCCGUCUGACUGUACUUCUAUUCAACGAAACACAAAUAAAAUCCUCAACUGUGACCCAAUAAAGGCAUCUCGUGUAAACGAAGCAGAAGAUUGGUUACUACGAGCACGCAAACUAGCGCCACGAAACCCACUCGUCUACUUUCAAUUGGGCGAAUUCCUAUCUGCCCGGAAGAGACACGACGAAGCCGCAGAGGUGUACAUCCAGGUCGUUCGAAUCGAACCUGACAGCAUUGCGUGGACCGUGGCUGCCGCUCACGCUCUGCACGACGCCAGUCGGAAUGUUGAAGCCGAGGUUUACUUCCGUAGAGCCGUCGCUCUCGUUCCCAUGGAUAUUUCUCACAGAAUCAAUUUAGGUGCUGUGCUGCACGUUCAAGGCAAAUUCCAUGAAGCUGAACAAGUUUACCUGAAGGCACUUCACCUGUCACCCAAUCAUCCAUUGACCACGGCUAAUUUGCGACGCCUGCGCAAUUCAUGGAACACAUCACACCAAAGCCGUAGCAAUAAUCAAAGUUUCACUUAA